CUGGGUAAGAUGAGAGAGGCCCUAUCUGAUUGUCGAGAAGCUAUUGGUAUUGAUUCCAGCUUUCUCAAGGCACAAGUCAGAGCUGCCAACUGCCUACUUGCCUUGGGGGAUGUUGAAGAAGCACAAAAGGCUUUUGAGAUGUGUUUGAAGUCUAAUCAUCUGUCAAGCUUGGACCGUAAAAUUGUAGAAGAGGCUUCUGAUGGUCUACAAAAAACUCAGAAAGUAUCUGGUUUUAUUCUUCAAUCCAAGGAGUAUCUUAUAAAAAAGGCAUUUGACAAGAUACCCAGUGCCUUACAAAUGAUCUCUGAUGCUUUGUCCAUAAGUAUUUAUUCAGAUAACUUGAUGGCGAUGAAAGCAGAAGCACUGUUACUGUUGCAGCAAUAUGAAGAGGUAAUUGAGUUUUGCGAAGAAACUCUUUAUCUUGCAGAAAGGAAUAGUGUCUGUUUGUGUCUUGACGAGAAUACAGAAAGCAAUAACUUGGACAACAAUACUUGCUCUGUGAAGUUGUGGCGUCGAUAUCUUAUUGCUAAGUCAUAUUUCUUCCUUGGAAAGCUUGAAGAGGCUCACCAGUUCUUAAAAAAGUAUGACCAAGUAAAAGUCAUGGAAUGCAGGUGUGGGAAGCAAUCUCAGAAAUCAAUUUCAUCAUUCUCCAUGACCAUCUCUGAGCUACUGCGGCUUAAAGCUGCUGGAAAUGAGGCAUUUCAAUCUGGUAAAUAUUUGGAGGCUGUGGAAUAUUAUACCACUGCUUUGAUGAGCAAUGGCGAGUCACUACGUCUUUUAGCAGUUUGCUUUUGUAACCGUGCAGCAGCAUAUCAAGUAAUGGGUCAAAUUUUAGAUGCAAUUGCAGAUUGCUCACUAGCCAUAGCCCUUGAUGCAGAUUAUGCUAAGGUAGGUGUAUUAUCCUCCUGUUGUACUUGUAUCAAAUAAAAACUCUGUAACUAUGUUCUGUAACUCUUUCUGGAAUUUAGCCAAAACCACA